GCACUUCCACCGCGGGGACCCAGGAGCGCUCCCCCCGGCCGGCAGGAACACGACACCUCAGGGUGAAGCCGCACCCUCUACCUGGCAGCGAGCAAGUGACAACAUCAGCAGCUUCUCGCUGGUUAGCUGCCUUUACCUGGCUAGCUACCGUACCAGCCGGUUAGCCCUAGCUCGAAGCAGUAGCGGCUAACAUAGCUUAGCUAUCCGCAGCUUGUCUCCGCGGGAAGACCUUCCAACAUGAGGCUGAAAGUGGGAUUCGUUUUACGGAGUUUGCUCUUCAUUGGGACCUUCCUCGGUCUGGUGGUGCUCUGGUCGUCUCUAUCGCCCAAACCCAGCGAUGAAAGCCCAUUUGGAAAACGGGAUGACAGUUUGCAGCAUAAAGGAGAGCCAGCAGAUCCUUUUAAACCUGUGGUGCCCUGGCCUCAUGUGGAGGGGGUGGAAGUGGACCUCAAUGCCAUCAGAGUCAAACAUGGAGGAGCUAAUCAACCACCCAACCCUGACAAACAGCCAAACCAGAAGCAGGUGAUCCAGCAGCAGUAUGUGACAUUCAAGCCCCACUCACAUGCCUACACCGACCCUGUCCUACAGAAAGGUGUUCUGGGAAACUUGGAGCCAAAGGAACCAGAGCCUCAAGGGGUCUCUGAUGGUCCUGGUGAGGGAGCUAAGCCAUUAGUUCUGGGUCCAGAGUAUAAAGACUCCGUCCAGGCUUCCAUCAAAGAGUUUGGCUUCAACAUGGUGGCUAGUGACAUGAUCUCACUGGACAGAACCAUCAGUGAUAUACGCCAUGAAGAGUGUAAAUACUGGCAAUAUGAUGAAAGACUGCUAACCUCUAGUGUGGUGAUCGUCUUCCAUAAUGAAGGCUGGUCUACACUGAUGAGAACCAUCCAUAGUGUCAUCAAGAGGACUCCCAGGAGAUACCUGGCAGAGAUAGUCAUGAUAGAUGACUUCAGCAACAAAGUUCAUCUGAAGGAGCGUUUGGAGGAGUACCUCAAGCAAUGGAAUGGUCUUGUCAAACUCUUCAGAAAUGAGAAGAGAGAAGGACUGAUCCAGGCCAGGAGUAUAGGAGCAGAGAAGGCCAAUAAAGGACAGGUCCUGAUCUACCUGGAUGCUCAUUGUGAGGUGGGAAUCAACUGGUAUGCUCCACUGGUGGCUCCCAUUUCAAAAGACAGAACGGUGUGCACGGUGCCUCUGGUCGACUCCAUCCAUGGCCAGAAGUUCACCAUCGAGGCCCAGGGUGGCGGGGACAAGGAUGGCUUUGCUAGAGGAGCCUGGGAUUGGAGCAUGCUCUGGAAGCGAGUUCCUCUGGGAGACAGAGAAAAACCACUCAGAAAAACUUUGACUGAGCCAUAUAGGUCUCCAGCUAUGGCAGGGGGUCUCUUUGCUAUAGAGAGAGACUUCUUCUUUGAGCUGGGUCUAUAUGAUCCAGGACUGCAGAUAUGGGGAGGAGAGAAUUUUGAAAUAUCAUACAAGAUCUGGCAGUGUGGCGGCCAGCUGCUCUUUGUUCCGUGUUCUCGUGUCGGACAUAUCUACAGACUUCAUGGAUGGGAAGGCAACCCUCCGCCUGCACACGUUGGAUCCUCACCCACUCUGAAGAACUAUGUUCGUGUGGUGGAGGUAUGGUGGGAUGAUUAUAAGGACUACUUCUACGCCAGUCGUCCUGAAACUCUCACUCUAGCCUACGGAGACAUCAGUGAGCUUAAACGCUUCAGGGAGGAACAUCGAUGCAAGAGCUUCAAAUGGUUCAUGGAGGAAAUAGCGUACGACAUUCCAUUGCACUACCCUCUGCCUCCUAAAAAUGUAGAAUGGGGGGAGAUUCGUGGUUUUGAGUCAAGCUACUGUAUUGACAGUAUGGGACACACUAAUGGAGGAAAUGUGGAAAUAGGACCAUGCCACAGAAUGGGGGGUAAUCAGUUGUUCCGCAUCAAUGAAGCCAACCAGCUGAUGCAAUACGACCAGUGCCUGACCAGAGGAGAAGAUAAUUCCGCUGUCAUUAUCACACACUGUGAAACGAACCAGCACACUGAGUGGAAGCUCUUCAAGGACCUCCAUCGGUUCACUCAUGUACCAACAGGGAGGUGUCUCGACCGCUCCGACCUGCUCCACAAAGUGUUCAUAUCGGACUGUGACAACGAUAAAACCACUCAGAAAUGGGAGAUGAACAAUAUAGUGGCCGUAUGAGGACUACACAACCUGUCCUACACACAGAGGACUAUUGGGAGCUUGGAGAGGCCUGUAUGAGGACAUACAGACACACACACACACACAAAUUAACCCAUGCCAAGAAACACAUUCAUAUUAUACGUUUACAGUCUACUGUCCUUCUGAAGAAAAGAGGAUCCUUUUAUGAGCCAGUCAUUGUCAGCGUACCUACACCAUGAUGGAGUCAAAGUGGUCAGAGUUAGAGAUACUGAGUAUCCACAAUUAACUGCUUCAGCCCGAAACCACUGGCACCAGCCAAGUCCUGCCUCCAUCUAACUUUAGUCCUUGUAUUCAACUCUUACACAGACACACACACAGACACUCCAGGUGGAAGAUGAAGUGGUUGAUGUGGAGGCUGAAGCUCCUGGUCCUCAGAAAGACAAACACUGAACUGGAAACAUGGUGGCCCCAUCUCUGUCUGUUCUCUUGGGCUCUCAGGUCUUUUCUAAACCACUACAUUCAUUAUAUGAAGUGACUCACAUUCAUUCCAACUAUUCAACAGUCAUGCUCUUAUUAGACUUUUUCAAUCAACUAAACUAAUUAGCUCACUUACCAAAGAUGGUAACAUCAUUCGUGUGUUUUAACAGGUGUUUGUACAUUACACAGGCUGCUGUCUGCAGGUCAGGUUCAGGUGAGCUUUAGGCUGUAAAAGUAUUUAUUGGAAAUAUCAAAGAUGAUUUGGGUGGGUGAAUGGGAACCAGCAGCCAGGUCCAUCUUUUUGAAAGUUUAUCAUUUGAAUUUUGAAUGUGUUGAUGUCAUGUGGGUGUUUUAAUUUUAUAAGCUGCUGUUUUUUUUAUUGAACAAUCAACAUGUGAAAUGACCAACAGGUCUGUUUAGUCAGCUGCUUCUUGUAGAACCAACAGGCCAGUGUCAGUUGAACUACAUCAGCCUUCGUCUGAGGUUACAGCAGAGAGCAGGUGGGGAGGAUGUUCUCACUUAGCACACAUGGAAUCAAACUUCACACCUAUACUGAACAGUUCCUGUAGCUUUAGGCCCCAUUCAUAUAUGGCAUCAACAAGCGUGUCCAAUAAUCUGAUCACAAGUGAACAGCUCUGAUCCCCACCAUUAGAAUGUGUCUUAACAUGUGACCACUUGUGAUUGGAUCUCACUUCCCCGCAAAUAAGCAUGUACAUCAUUUGUGUUCACAAAAACAAAAUGUGUCGUUAGCAGCAAUGAAAUACCAAUGUGUUGUCGACAUUAGGAAGAGAAUAAAUCAAAACAGUACAGCCUGAGUCUAUUCCCCUAGUGUGUUCCAGACAAAUCAAGUCACCCACAAUAUUUGACACAGUUGCAAUGUAAUCUCUAAGGGUGUUUUUUUACCAGUUAUGGACAAAGCCAGUUUACAUGAUUACAAUUACGACGUGUAUUUGUUAGAGAAUGAGUACGUAAACCCACUGGUGCAGAGUAUGUCAGCUAAGUAGGUGGUCCUUCAAUGUCAUCCAGGACACAUUCACACUAAUAAAAUAAUGUGGCCACACGUGUCUCAGAGCAUCUCUGAACGUGGUCUGAGUGAGCGGAUCUCAAAUGUGUUGUCAAUUCGUCUUGAGUUUGUUCAAAUCUGAUCUAAGAGCUGUCCACUUGUGAUCGAGCCACUUGGAUGUUCAUGCAGAUGUGAACAGGGUCUCUUAUACACACGUGCACUCCCCAAUGUAUGAGAGACAUUCUUGGCUGCCCUUGUCAAAGAACGACUUCUAGCUUGAAGCUAUACAGUAAUCUGACAGGCUGAGUUUAGUUAACGAAUAAGCAUUAUGAUUUAGCACAUGGUAUCAACACAGACCAGUACAAAAGUAAAAUUUCUAAGUUGAAAACAAAGUGAUGCUAAUGUCCACCUACAUACAGCUUCACCUGAAGCUCCCUUCUCCUUGUGCCAUGUCUGAACCAGCAGUGCUCCAUCCCUCAGAGAAAAUGCUUUCUGAUGCACCCUGAGUCAAAGAAACUCAUACACUGUAUUUGUUUAGUAAAACUGGAUUGGUUGUCAUUCACUUUUGUUGAUUUCUAUUGGCUUGAAUGACUUUACAGACACUUAGAUGGUUUAGAAGAGAGAGCAGUGACCUGACUGACUGAGGACUCAAGACCGUCCUGCCUUACCGACAGUCAUGAUUAAUUCAGUAGCUGACCCAUUGACUGUGACUUAGUAACUGCCUGUCUAAAAGGAAAAAGCAGAGGUGUUUGGUUUGGGAAUGAAGUAAUUGAGAAAUGCACAACUUAUGGUUAGGAAAAAGCAAAAUGAAAAAAUGUGACUGCUUUUUGCGUUUGUUUUGCUUUUGCAAGGGAAGAGGGUUUGGUGUACGGAUGAUCAUGUAUGCAAUGUUUUGUACAAUGUAUAUAGAUUUCUUUCUAAAGACGAUCAUGAUGCAUUUUGUGAAGGGCCUUGAAUGAUCUUGUAAAUAUCUAACUUAUAGCAGAGAUUUAAUAAUAUGGGCUAAACAGAGGGUGAUGGAGGAAAUAAAAGAGCUGAUUUGUACUUCAA